AUGAGCAACCCCGUGACCGAGCUCGAGAACGACCCCUUCUACCUCCGGUACUACACCGGACACCAGGGCAUGCACGGCCACGAGUUCCUCGAGUUCGAGUACGGGCAGGGACGGUUACGUUAUGCCAACAACUCGAACUACCGUAACGACUCGCUCAUCCGCAAGGAGGUGUAUGUCGGCGCGACGGUUGCCGAGGAGUUGAAGCGGAUUGUGCGCGACAGCGAGAUCACAAAAGAAGACGACUCGGCGUGGCCGAAGAAGAACGUCGUGGGGCGGCAGGAGCUCGAGGUCCGGAUAGACAAGGAGCAUAUUUCGUUCGAAACCGCAAAAAUCGGCUCGCUCGCGGACGUCAACGAGAGCGCAGACGCCGAGGGGCUGCGUGUCUUCUACUACCUCGUGCAGGAUCUCAAGUGCUUCAUCUUUUCCCUCAUCACGCUGCACUUCAAGAUCAAGCCCAUCCAACAAUAG